GGAGGGAGGGGAGGAGAGGGAGGUGAUUGAGAGGCGACCCUCACUCCGACAUGAUGGACGUCCCCUGCAUCUACGAUCCGUGCCCACGCCUGGCCCUACCGCCAGGCCACUUCUACGUGCAGGCCGGCGGCCCGUCCGUGCAGCCUGCCCACCACCACCACCACCAGCACCACCAGCAGCACCACCACCACCAGCAGCACCAACAGCACCACCAGCAGCACCUCACCGAGCUACAGAGGGCAUCAAGCCAAGAGCUGCAGGAGCUGCUGCAGCUGCAGCAGCAGCAGCAGCAGCUGAGCUCGGACGAGUCGAUGGCCCCCGGGCAAUGCCCCCCAAGCGUCUACUCGGCGGGGUUGCCCCCCUACCAGGGGGCCCCCCAGGGGGUGCCGGGGGGGCCCCAGGGCUCGGAGUCACCGGGGGCCUCAGCGGGGACGCCGGUGGGGCCUGCCGGGGCGAGCGGUCACUACGGGGAGGGAGGAUUCUACCUGCACGGGACCCAUGCCGCUCACACGCAGUUCACGGUGUACACGGAUGCUCUGGCCGUGCUGAGCGAGGUGAACUACCCAGGGGGUUUCGUGGGGGGUCCGAGCCCCCUCUCCGGAGCCCCCCUCACCCCUCCCCUCCUCCUGCACCCUCACCACCACCACCACCACCCUCACCACCACCACCCUCACCACCACCACCCUCACCACCACCCUCACCACCACCACCCUCACCACCACAUCCUCACUCCAGACAUCGAGGAUCGGGCGUUGGAGCUGAGCUCCGAUUCCGAUUCGGAGGUUGGGGGUGCAGCCAUCGCCGGGGCGAUCUUCGGGGGUCUCGGAGGGGGGUCCCUGGGUCAGGGUGGGGGCCACGGAGGGUACAGCCCUCCCCCCGUGCCACCCAGCGCGGUGGCUCACGGACUGCACAAGGGUAGGAAGAAAGUUCGUCUCUACCAGUUUCUCCUGGAGGUGCUGAGAGACCGCGCUAUGGAGCACGCACUGUGGUGGGUGAGCGAGCGUGACGGCGUCUUCCAGUUCUCGUCGCGACACAAGGAGGAGCUCGCACGUUCGUGGGGACAGCGAAAGGGAAAUCGCAAGGCGAUGACCUACCAGAAGAUGGCACGUGCUCUCAGAAACUACGGGCGCAGCGGGGAGAUCCGUAAAGUGAAGAAGAAACUCACCUACCAGUUCGACUCUAGCGUGCUGGUCUAGCCAGGGUGGGUGGUGAGUGGUGAGGGUGAGGGGUGAGGGUGAGGGGUGAGGGAGUGGGUGAGGGUCGUCACCUACCAGAAGAU